AUGCAUUUAUUCACCAAGGAUCAAUCACUAUGGAUUCCUAAUGGACAGGCAGGUGCAAUGUCUUUGCUGAGGCCUCUUCUGGACAUGGUCCCAACAAUUCAACAGACUGCUGCUUUGGCUUUUGGGAGACUGGCUCAUUAUAAUGAUGACCUAGCAGAAGCAGUUGUCAAGGGCGACAUUCUUCCUUACUCAUUGGCAGGACAGAAUCAUUUCUACAAAGAAGCUGCUGCUUUUGUGUUAUGAGCAGUUGCUAAACAUUCUCCUCAACUAGCUCAGGCAACAGUUGAUUGUGGAGCAUUGAGAUGCUUGGAAGAUUUUGACACUGGAGUCAAAGAAGAUGCAACCUCGGCAUUUGGUUGUACUGCAAGACAUAAUGCAGAACUGUCACAAGCUGUGGUGGGUGGAGCAGUUCCUCUGUUAGUACUUUGUAUCCAGGAGCCAGAAAUUGCUUUGAAAAGGAUUGCUGCUUCGGACCUCAGUGAUAUUUCAAAGCAUUCUCCAGAGUUAGCACAGACAGUAGUGGAUGCAGGAGCUACUGCUCACUAAGCCCAGAUGAUUCUGAACCCUGCCGCUAAAUUAAAGCCUCAGAUCCUUUACUCUCGGGUGGCAAAACAGUCUGUGGGUCUGGCCCAAAUGGUGGCUGAGGCAGAGAUUUUUCCAGUUGUACCUACCUGCCUGAGAGACAAAGAUGAAUACGUGAAGAAAAAUGCUUCUAUUUUAAUUAAGAAGAUUGCACAACAUACAGCCAAGCUUUCGCAGCUGACAGUGAACGCAGGAGUUGCCGCCAUGAUUGACUGCAUUGGAUCUUGCAAAGGAAACAUAGGCAUCAUGAUGCUUGGUUAUGUGGCGGCUCAUUCUGAGAACCUGGCAAUGGCGGUGAUCAUUAGCAAGGGUGUGCCCCAGUUGUCAGUCUGCUUGUCAGAAGAACCAGAAGAUCACGUUAGGUCUGCCACUGCCUGGGCCGUGGCACAGAUCGGGAGACACACUCCGGAGCAUGCACAGGCCGUCGCAGUCACAAACACUCUGCCAGUGCUGCUUUCUUUGUACAUCACAGAAAGCUCUGAGGAUCUUCAAGUAAAAAGUCUGUAUGGACCAGAGGCUGCCAACUGUCGACUGGAGCUCAGCAGAGGGCUGCCAGGGGCCACACUGAUAAGGUGCUUGGUCCUUCCAAGGAAGCUAAGGCCUAACUGGGGUGAGGCUCACUUCGUCCAGCAACUAGCACCGCUCUCCUUCCACAGCGGCAGGGCUCACUCAGCCCACACCACUGCCUCCAUCGCGGAGCUCGCCUGCGUCUACUUGGCCCUUAUCCUGCAGGACCAUGAAGUGCUGGUGAUGGAGAAUAAGAUCAAUGCCCUCAUUAAAGCAGUUGGUGUUAAUGCUGAACCUUUCUGUCCAGGCUUGUUUGCAAAAGGUCUGGCCAAUGUCAACAUGGGGAGUUUCAUCUGCAAUGAGGCUGGUGGACCUGCCCCAGCAGCUAGUGCUGUACCAGCAGGAAGUCCUGCCCCCUCCAACUGUGCCCCAGCUGAGGAGAAGAAAGUGGAAGCAAAGAAAGAGGAGUCUGAUGCUGACAUGGGCUUUGUUCUUUUUGACUAAACCUCUUUUGUAACACAUUCAAUAAAAAGCUGAACUCUGUUAAAAAAA